GCACUAUCAAACCUUGCUGCUGCUUUAUUUAGGCAGUAGCAGCCUUGUGCGAGCAACACAGGGAGUGAAAUUCAAAAGUGCCAAACAGCUCUCAGUCAAACUCAGCUGAAGAUGCUGGAUGUUGGGAAAUGGCCAUUAUUUGCUCUCCACUCUCAAGAGAAAUUGAAGUUAAUUCGUCAGGUUUGCGUAUUUGGCAGUGCUGGCAAUGAAGUUGUUUAUGCAACUGAAAAUGAUGAGGUUUUUGCUUUAGGCACUAACUGCAGCGGAUGUUUGGGAAUUGGUGAUAUACAGAGCAGCAUUGAACCUCGAAGAAUAGAUAUUUUUUGUGGCAAAAAAUUAGCUUCCCUCAGUUAUGGAAGUGGACCUCAUGUUGUUCUGGCUACUACUGAAGGAGAAGUAUAUGCUUGGGGUCAUAAUGCUUACAGUCAACUGGGAAAUGGAACAACCAGUCAUAGCUACAUUCCUUGCCAAAUCUCCACCAACUUGAUAAACAAAAAAGUAAUUGAAGUUGCCUGUGGCUCACAUCAUUCAAUGGUAUUGACUGCUGAUGGUGCGGUGUAUUCAUGGGGUUAUAAUAAUUCAGGACAAAUUGGAUCUGGUUCAACAGCCAAUCAGCCUAUUCCUCGAAGAGUUACUGGCUGCUUACAAAAUAAGAUAGCAAUUAACAUUGCUUGUGGACAGAUGUGCUCAAUGGCUGUGAUAGAAAAUGGCGAGGUUUAUGUUUGGGGUUAUAAUGGUAAUGGUCAGCUUGGAUUAGGCCAUGAUGACAAUCUGUCGAUACCAUGCAGAAUAGCAGCUUUACAAGGCAUCCACGUGCAAAGGAUUGCCUGUGGCUAUGCACAUACACUAGUGUUAACAGAUGAAGGCCAUAUCUAUGCCUGGGGAGCCAAUUCUUAUGGCCAGCUGGGAACUGGUAAUAGGAGUAACCAGUCGUACCCUGUCCUAGUGACAGUACAUCAAGACAGAAUUGUAGAGAUUGCAGCAUGUCACUCUUCUCACACCUCUGCUGCUAAAACCCAGGGUGGCGAUGUAUAUAUGUGGGGUCAGUGCCGGGGACAGUUCGUCCUUCUUCCAUUCCUCACCCACUUCUGCUGCACUGAUGACGUGUUUGCUUGUUUUGCUACUCCUGCAGUGACUUGGCGUCUCCUUUCAGUAGAACCUGAUGAUCACUUAACAAUAGCUCAAUCAAUAAAGAAGGAAUUUGACAACCCAGAUAAUGCUGAUUUGAGGUUUCAAGUAGAUGGAAAAUACAUUUAUGUUCAUAAAGUACUCCUCAAAAUUAGGUGUGAACAUUUUCAUUCAGUUCUGAACAAUGGUACUGAGGAAAUCAUAGAAAUAAAUGAAUUCUCAUAUCCUGUUUAUCGAGCAUUUUUGGAGUAUCUUUAUACAGAUAGCAUCAGUCUCCCUCCUGAACAUGCCAUAGAAAUGCAGCCCCAAACAUUCAAGGAACCUCCACCAUGCUUCACUGUUGCCUGCAGACACUCAUUAUUGUACUGCUCUCCAGCCUUUUGAGGAACACACUGCCUUCUGCCUCAGCCAAAUAUUUCAAAUUUUGACUCAUCAGUCCAGAGCACCUGCUGCCAUUUUUCUGCACCCCAGUUCCUAUGUUUUUGUGGAGAUAUGGCUUUUUGGCUGCAACUCAUCCAUGAAGACCACUUCUGGCCAGACCUCUCCGGACAGUAGAUGGGUGUACCUGGGUCCCACUGGUUUCUGCCAGUUCUGAGCUGAUGGUACUGCUGGACAUCUUCCAAUUUCGAAGGGUAAUAAGCUUGAUGGGUCUUUCAUCUGCUGCGCUAAGUUUCCUUGGCUGACCACUGCAUCUACGAUCCUCAGUGUUGCCCGUUUCUUUGUGCGUCUUCAAAAGAAGAAGCACAUCUUCAAACCCCAGUCUCUUUGAAAUCUUUGUCUGCGAGAGACCUUGUUGAUGCAGUAUAACUACCUUGUGUCUUGUUGCUGUGCUCAAUCUUGCCAUGAUAUGAAACUGUCUUUUCUGAAGGAACUGCUACAAACCUCACCUUGGUAGCAGAGUUUGGCUGUUCCUCACCCAGUUUUAAGCCUCUUACACAGUUGUUUCUGUUUCAGUUCAUGACUGGGUUUCAACCUACAUGUGACAUUGAGGAUUAGCACUUUUUUGGUAUAUUUGGUUGAUCAUACACCUGACUAUAAUCCUACAAAAUCCCUGACUUUGUGCAAGUGUACCUAUGAGAAUGGAUGCUGGUUUGAAGGCAAAAGGUAGUAACACCAAAGAUUGAUUUGAUUUAGAUUUUUCUUUUGUUUGCUCACUGCAUUUUGAAAAUUGACAAAAAUAAACAAUCAUUAUUUAUAUUUCUGAAAGCAUUCUUCAUUUACAGCAUUUUUUCACACUGCCUACAACUUUGUCACAGUACUGUACUUGUUCAGUUAGUGACACCGAACAUGGCCAAGAGAGAUCUUGGGCUCACAAUUAGGAUGUUAUAGACUCUUGAAUUCUCGAUCAACUUCGAGAAGAGUCAUCUGGAACCCACUACUAGGCUUCAGCAUUUAGGGGCAGUUAUUGACACCGUGGAGAACGAGGUGUUCCUCUCACAGGAUUGUAGGGACAGCAUAAUAAAGCAGAUUCUCGGGACAUGUUCUGUUCCUGUAGUUCUCCUCUCUAAACUCCUAGGCAAAUGUAUUUCGUGCAUCGCGAUCGUUCCAUGGGCCCGCCUCCAUGCCAGGGAGCCGCAGUAGCUGCUACUGCCUCAUCAGAGGGACGGAACCAGCAAAGCGACCUUUAAAAUCUAUGUGCCACCCCAGGUCCUCCUGUCCUUUCGUUGGUGGAUGUCUGCAGCCCUGGCCAAGGGCUCCCUGUCCAGGGAACCGGACAGGUUGGUGCUAACGACCGAUACGAGUCUCUUCGGAUGGGGGAGCACACCUCGAUUUUCAGCGGGCCCAUGGGUGAUGCAUGUCAUCAGACUUAACACAAAACAUUAAUUGGCUGGAACUCAGGGCGAUCCACCUGGCUCUUCGCCACUUCAAGGAGCGGAUCUCCAGACAGCACGUUCUCGUCCUAAUGGACAAUGUCACCACCAAGGCCCAGGUCAACAAGCAGGGGGGCACUCUCUCUGGCCCUUCAGAAUGAGGCAGAGAAGUUGGGGAACUGGGAGUAACGGCAUCUCCUGUUGCUGAGGGAAGAACAUAUAUUGGGAGUGGAAAACCAGCAAGCUGACUUGCUCAUCAGGGCGACCAUGGACCACAGGGAGCGGCAGCUGCAUCUCAGAGUCUUCACCGAGAUUUGCCAGAAGUUCGGCAUGCUGGUCGUGGACCUGUUCACCAUACCAUUGAACGCACAGAUCCAGAGUUUCCUCUCCCAGUUCCAAGCUCAGGGAGCAGAGGACAUUGACAUCCUGCGAUGCAGAUGACCAGAGGGACUCCUCUAUGCCUUCCCCCCCCUUCCCCUCAUUCCCGGGGUCCUGAGGAAGUUGUGUAUGGAGGUGAUCACAGUGGCUCCCUCCUGGCCCCGAUGACUUUGGUUCGCGGAUCUGAUAGACCUGUCCAUAUCCCCCCAUUGGAAGAUUCCACGGAGGGAGGUGUCAGGGGGCCCUGAGUCAUCCGAUGCCCCAGUGGCUUCAAUUGAUUGCCUGGUACUUGAGCGAGAACAGUUGAGGGCAGUCAAUUUUUUCAGCCAGAGUAAUCAGGACCAUUGUGAUCUUGGAGAAAUCCACCACCUACAUUUACAAUGCUACAGGGUCCUCCUUUGUGUCCUGGUGCCGGUCCACGCAUGUAGCACCUGCGUCGGCUUUGGCACCACAGAUGCCGGAGUUCCUUCAGGAUGAACUUGAGAAGGGUCUUUCCUAUAGCACCCUUCGGAGGCAAGUUGCAACCUUGGCAACUGUCCUCAAGGGGGUGGGCUCUCGUUCCCUAGCACAACACCCAGUUAAUAUGAGGUUUCUUCAGGGAGCAGCAAAUCUUAACACCCCCCCCCCCAUGAUUCACCGGUUUCCCACAUUCUUCAGGCGCUUACCGAGGCUCCCUUCGAGCCUUUGAGAAUGGUGAGCCUUCAAUUCCUAACACUUAAGGUUGUUUUCCUGGUGGUGAUUACUUCAGCCAGACGCAUCUCUGAGCUCAGCACAGUCAUCUAGGACUGACCUGUGCACAUUUCAUGACAACAAGGUCGUUCUCAGACUGGAUCCUGCGUUCUUGCCUAAGAUUAACUUCCCCUUUCAUAGGGCUCAGGAGGUGAUUCUCCCGGACUUCUAUCCGGCGCCUUCUGGGGAGAGGGAAUGUUUCUGGCAUCAACUGGAUGUCAGGAGGGUGCUGCGUAUCUAUCUGAAAUGCACCUCCUUCUGGAGGUCUGAGGCGAUCUUUGGUUUCUUCCAGCCCUCUACCCUAGGGGCGAGGGUGUCACCUUCUACCAUUGGCAGGUGGAUCAGGUUAGCGAUCACCGGGGCAUAUGAGGCAUGCAGGCUUCUGGUGCCGGCAGGCAUCAUGGCACACUCCACUAGGAGUGCGGCCACGUCUGCGACCUGGUCGACUCAGGCACCUGUAGAAGAUAUUUGUAGGGCGGCCACCUGGGCUUUGCCAUCGCCCUUCAUUAGGCACUACCGGCUGGAUGCUUAUGCUUCAGCUGAGGCCUCUUUUGGUAAGAGGAUACUGCAGGAACUUUCCCUUCCUUCCCAGGUUCUUCCUUGGAGCAUUGACCUUUUGAUUAAACAGGAGCCAGGCAGAAGAAGAGAGUGGCCAACUUUAACCUCAGUCUCUGGACAUAUUGGACAUGAGAAUAACCAUCAGUGACACAUCCCACAAGACUCCAAAAAAUGCAGUUCAGAUAAGACUAACUGUCAUUUUCUGAGCCGAGAACUGCUAUCAACAGUCAUCAUUUAGAAUGCAUAUUAAAUUUGCAGAUAACUAUUUUUAAAACACCAUCUUUUCAUGUGACAUUACUAGCAACAUUUUUACUCCAGAAGUAUUUUAUAGUUGUGUGUUACUAAAGGUUCCUUCUAGCC